GGCAAAGAUUAUUGAUAGGCGGGGCACAGAUGAUGACAUUGUGGUUUGACGUUGCACGCGCGGGAAUGGACGAGAGGACGGACUCUGGACAACUGGAUUCCUAUCAAAGCAAUUUGCGUAAAGAUGUCCAAACGGAAGAUUCAGUCUACGGGAGAGAGUCAGCACAAGAGGUCACGGUCUUCUCAACCAGAAGUAUACGACGAUGAAGACUUGGAGUUUCCAACAAUUUCUGAACUUGAAGCUGACCCCGUGUCUUCAGUCUCCACGACGGGAGAUGUGGGCAUUAUAGAGAGCAUCACACUGAAGAACUUCAUGUGCCACGCACAUCUUGGCCCCUUCACGUUCGGACCGAAUGUCAAUUUUGUGGUUGGGAACAAUGGAAGUGGGAAGAGUGCUGUGCUCACAGCCCUUAUUGUGGCACUGGGGGGGAAUGCUCAGACCACCAGCAGAGGCUCUUCACUCAAAUGCUUCGUCAAGGAGGGAGAAAGCUCUGCUGAAGUGUCCAUCACGAUAAAAAACAGGGGGAACGACGCCUUUAAGCCCGAGGUCUACGGCGAGUCCAUUAUUCUGGAUCUGCGCAUCUCCAGUGAAGGCCUCAGGACGUAUAAACUCCGCAGUAAAACCGGUCAGUUGAUUUCCUCGAAGAAGGAUGAGCUGAUCUCUAUACUGGAUUUCUUCAACAUACAGGUGGACAACCCCGUGUCCAUUCUAACUCAGGAGAUGAGCAAGCAUUUCCUACAUUCUAAAGGGGAGGCGGAUAAAUACAAGUUCUUCAUGAAGGCCACCCAGCUGGAGCAGAUGAACGAGGAUUAUGACUACAUCAUCAAGACCCAAGGUCUCACCCAGAACACCGUGGAUCAGCAUGAGGAGACUCUGGAGGAGCUGAAGAGAAUGUUUAAGGAGAAGGAGGAGAAGUACAAGGGUUUGUCCUCGCUGGAAGAAAUGAACAAAAAGCUAGACAACCUCAAGAACCAAAUGGCCUGGGCGUUGGUUAAUGAAAUGGAGAGGGAGCUAGGCCCUAUGAGUGAUCGAAUGGAGGCUGAAGAGAGGUCAACACCGAAAUAUGACCAGAAGGUUGCAGAAUGGAAGGCAAAGGUUGACGAAGCAGAGAGGAAGUACCGCGAGCAGCACGAGCAGCUGGAACAGGUGACGGAGCGUCUGCAGCAGCGGCGGCCGCAGGGUGCCCAGCUGCGCAGUGAUGUUCAGGAGCGCAACCGAGCGGUCAAGGCUGUAGAGGCUAGCAGCCACAAGCUGAAAACCAAUCAGCGGGACUUGGAGAAGGACAAAGAGCAGCUCACCAAGCGCAUAGAUGAGCUCAAACUCAGCAUCAGCACAGCGUCUGCGGCGGACAGCCAGGCUCGCGAGGCGCGCCUGGCAGGGCUGCAGCUGGAGCUGGAGGACCUGGCGCACCGCGACUCCACGCUGACCCAGCAGCUGGACCAGUUCCAGCAGGCCGUCGCCGCCGCCAAGGACAACCUCGACAAGAUGAGGCGUGAGGAGCAGGACCUCCAGCGCUCGUGUAACUCCAAGGAACAGAGCCUCCGUCAACUGGAGGCCAGCCGCACCAAUCGCAUCCGCCGCUUUGGCGAGCACAUGCCCGCGCUGCUCAACGCCAUCGACGAGGCCUACAACAAGGGAGUGUUCCGGAAGAAACCUGUCGGGCCACUGGGUUACUGUAUCCGUCUUAAGGACCCCUCUCUGGCUAUGGCUGUGGAGAGCUGUCUGAAGAGUCUGUUGAUGGCGUUCUGCUGUGACAACCAUCAAGAUGAGCGCCAUCUACAGGCACUGGCGAUGAGAUACCUAAAGGACAAGAGACCCACCAUCAUAGUCAGCCAGUACAGUGAUGCGCUCUAUAACGUCUCCCAUAGGGCUGUCAAUCACCCACAGUACCUCAGUGUGCUGCAGGCUCUGGAAAUUGACGACCCUAAUGUGGCCAACUGUCUGAUCGACAUGAGGGGGAUCGAGACCAUAUUGGUCAUUAAGAACACGGCGGAGGCCAGAAGGGUGAUGCAGCACAACCGACCGCCCCAGAACUGCCGGGAGGCCUUCACCGGGACGGGCGACCAGGUGUUCACCAACCGCUACUACUCCACGGAUGCCAACGCAAGGGCACGAGUUCUGGGCGGAGAUGUGGAGGAAGAGAUCAGCCAUCUGCAGGUGUCCCUUAACAGCCAGCAGGAGAACCUGACCCGCCUCCGGCAGCACAAGCAGACACUAGACGCCGAGAUCCGCCAAAACAACGCCCUGCUCAAGACCACCCAUGAUGAACGCACCAAAGUCAAGAACCAAUCCAGGAGGUUGCAGCUGGAGAUCAGUGAACUGCAGAAUGUGGAGGAACCUCAGUCUGAGGACCUGGUCCCACUGGAGGAGGAGCUGGAGGAGAUCAUGGAGAAGCUGAGCGUGUCUGGCCAGAUGUGUGCGGAGGCCCAGGAGAAACUGAAAGUGGCGCGCAGCGCCGCAGCGGAGUCCGAGCAGAACUACCGGCGGCACCGAGAGCUCAUCGCCAGCGCCGCCGAGGAGGCCGAGCCAAUCAGGGAGGAGCUGAGCAAAUGUGAUCAAGAGGUGGAGAAGUGUAAACAUCACAGGAAACAUUACGAGGAGAAACGCAAAGCCCACAUUAACAACAUCCAGGAGCUUAAAAACAACCUUCAACAGAGAGAGCGGGAACUCAAGGAGUCCAUAUCGAAGGCCUCGGAGAUCUGUCCAGAGCGUCUGGAGGUGAGGAAGUCGGCGAAAAGCCUGGACCUCGAGAUCAGCCGUCUGCGGGCCGUCAUCAACACCCAGCAGGAGCAGCAGGGGGACCGAGAGCUUAUUAUCAGGCAAUAUCAAGAAGCCCACCAGAAAUACACUACAACUACCAGGGAAGUGAAAAUCCUUAAAAAGUUUGGCGAGGUGAUCUCAGAAAUCAUCCAUCACAGACAGAAAGCUUACGCCAAGCUGAGAGGUUUCUAUUCACUGCGCUGCAAGUACUACUUUGACAUGACCCUGGCACAGAGAGGAUAUGUCGGCCAUAUGAACUUCGACCACAAGAAUAAAGCUCUCUCCAUAGCUGUCCAACCCGGAGGCAAAAACAAGGCGUCUCUGAGCGACAUGCGUUCUCUGUCGGGCGGCGAACGCUCCUUCUCGACCGUCUGCUUCGUCCUCUCACUCUGGUCCAUCACCGAGUCGCCCUUCCGAGCCCUGGACGAGUUUGACGUCUACAUGGACAUGGUGAACCGGAGGAUCUCCAUGGACAUGUUCCUGAAGGUAGCGUCCAGUCAGCGCUACAGACAGUUCAUCUUCCUCACUCCCCAGAGCAUGAGUUCCCUCCCAGUCAACAGCCUGAUCCGUAUCUUGCGUCUGAAUGACCCCGACCGCAACCAGACCGUCCUGCCCUUUGGACAGCGCAACUACCCCGACGACUAGCCCCGAGGGGUAUCACCAUGUUAGGUGUUGUUUUGUUUAAAUGUUAAAUGUUUUAUUUAAGAAAACAUGAUGCUCCUAGACUUUCUUUACACGAGGAGUAGUUAAAAAAAUAUUUUAAGAAAAGUUCAGAAACAACUUCUGUAUGUAUGUUUUGUAGAUAUUUGAAAUACUUAAUCUGUAGAGAAUUGUUUAAAAGACAUGGUCCUUGUUUAUUUUGAUGUGAGAGAAACACACUGUCUGUUCUUUUGUGUUCUGUAUUUUUGUUAAUGGUAAAUCAUUAUGUAAACUUUCCAUGAACAAUUUUUUUUCAAGUUAUCUUAACUUCAAAGUGUUAUUAUACGUUCAGUUAUAAAUUCCAGAAGCAAAGUCAGUUUAUAAUGUAUCAUGAUAUUAUUGCAGACAGUCCAUAUCCCCUUGGGAGCUCCAUAGUGGUUUGGAGAUGAGCAUUGAAAUAUCAAAAUAACAAUAUCUGCAUUUGCACACCCGAGUACAUUUUCAUUACACCAAUACAACUGUGACUGUGGCACAAAACUUGCUGUUGGGUAAAAGAUUGGGUCAUAUGUGCAACCUCAGAUGUGCUUCGCACAAAUUACAGUCUGGAUCAUUUACUUUGUUUAGCUGCUCUUCCUCAUUGAUACAGUAUUCAGGAGUUGAAUGUGGACAUACAGCUGGGGAAAAAAAUGAAGAAACCACUACACAUUUUUCUUUGUCAUUUUGAUGUUGCUGAGUGACAUUCGAAUGAGCUGACUGUCAUAUUUGAGACCAAUGCAAAUUUGAAUAUGACCGUCAACUCAUUCAAAUGUCACUCAGCAACUGUAGGAUGUCAUCAGAAAUAUGUGCAGUGGUCUCUUAAUGUUUUCCAGAGCUGUAUGUGUAGAAUGCACUUUAGUGAUUGUGUAUGGUUAUCUUUUGGUAUGCACCAUCAGAGACGGCACUCUUGAAUAUGUUUGUCACUUAAAUGAGCCAUCUGUAAAUGACAGGUGCAACCUCUCAAAAUUGGCCUCACAGCCUUUUUAAUAGCUCAUUUGACUUCAUCAACAUCUGAUGACAUUGUUAACUCAAAACCAGGACUCAUACUGACAUGGUACUUGAGGCUAUAGCCUAAUGAGCAGUCUCAUUUGAGUAUUGAGCCCCAGCUCAUAACAGGUUGUUUUUCUUUCUUGUCAUAAUUUUUAUUUGUUUUUAUUAUACGUUAUUGUAGUUGCCCUUGAGUUUAAAAGAAUGCUGGUUAUGAAUAAACUCCUUUUUUUUUCCUGUGUUCAUAACUUUGACUUUUCAUUUAUGUGUAGUAUUCCUGCAACGGUCCAUUAAAGAUUAGUCGAAAAUUGUUUUAAAUACCUGUUGAUAAUUUAUGGCGAUAUACUUUAGUGGAUGCCUUUGAACAAUUGCAUGUGUCAACACAGCCAUGCGUUCACUCACUGGUUACACCUCUGUGUUGUCCGGUCCAAUCAACUAACAGUAGGACUAUGACCCCAAGCGAAAUCCUCGGCAGUAAACAGAAACUGGAUGGGGCAGGGGCGACAGCAACUCUUCUCGGACCAAGGCCAUGAAACCAAAAUCCCUUUACAUAGAUAUACCAAGAUUGUUUGGAAAUGGAGAAGCAUCGUCAACAUUUCGGGAGAGCCAAGGGCCGUCGUACUGCCGGCAGGUUGAUGAAAACCCCGACUUGGAGGAGCGUCACGAGAGCGAGAGACGGGGCAAAGCGGAGAAGUGUUCUCGUGAAGUUCACUUCGCUAUUUUGGCUGAGAAAUACCAGCCUCUGAGCGAAGACGACGAGAUCAGUCAGCGGAGAAAAGAGGAGAGGAAGAUAAAAAAGAAACAGAAAAUCAAGAAGUACAGAAAGAUAUUUCAUUUGCAAAAUAUCCGCAAGCCAUGACGUCAAAUGGGUAAGGAAUGUCAGAAAGGCCUUGAGCUACUCCUGGAAAUGCCUGCUGUUCAGCCUUCAAAACUUCUCUGUUGGACUCUCCACCCCUGUCUCGGCAGCUGUUCACGUCGUCCCAGAGUUCCACUAGGCCAGGACAAGAAAAUAAAAUCUGGGAUGUUAAAAGAAAGAAUAUUCCAUAAAGGACUGACUCAUGAAUUUCUUGUAAUGGACCAAAAAAAAUAAAAAAAUAAAAACUUUUUUUUUUUUUUUUAUCACACAACAGUUUUUAAAUAUUUCUGUCCUGGACACAAGCCUGCCAAAACCAGAGAAGCAAGGUGAUUAGUGUCUGGUUUGUCAAAAGAGCACAUUUUUCAUACUGUCACGCUUGUCACCCCUGUCAGAGGGCACAACUCAUAUUGAGCUGCAACUUGUAAUUAUAAAGUCACUCACUACUAAUAUGUAACUAUUCACUGAUAUAUGUCUUGAGCAAGACACUGAUUACAGCAGAAGACAUUUGUAUUUUGUAUGGAAUGUGUAUGCUAAGUAGAGAUUGUGAUUGUGGGAUAGAUUAGAGGAGGAAGAACGAACAUAAGUCAUAUGUUCAAUCAUUGAUCAAAAGCAAAAGUUGUUUAUAUAUCAAUGUCUUCCAUUCAUGUUAGUGAUGAUGUCAAGUUUUGCCAGUUAUGCCAUGUAAUAUCUCCUGACUUAGCAAAAACAGCUACAUAGUCAGAGAGAGAGAGAGAAAGGAAGUCAUUGUUUAUGGAAGUACUUUGAGGAAGUAAAUUAACAAACUAUAAUGGUUUCACUUAAGAGAGAGAGAAAGAAAGUUGGAAAGACAGAAAUCAGAGGACUAGAGUAACAGACUCUAGUCUAUGCUGUGCCUGGUAAAAGGGAGAUUUUGAAUGUGCAACCGGUGGUGAGGCUAGAUCUUUUAUUGCUCGACACCUGUCAGUAUGCUGGAAAUAUGAUGACUAUUACAGAAUUGUAUUGUGGAGUAAUCUUUAAUAAAGGCACAUCAAUACA